AUGGAUAGGAACAUUCUUGAUGUUGCUAGUGGUGGAGCACUUGUUGAUAAGACUCCAAAUGUUGCCAAAGCCCUUAUCGAAAAUAUGUCCCUUAAUUUCCAACAGUUCACUACUAAAGACAAUUCUGUGCAAAACAAAGGCGUUCCUAAGUAUGCAAAGUUUUUGAAGGAUUUGUGUACAAAUAAGAGGAGAAUUAAAGGAAGUGAGAAAGUUAACUUGGGAAGAAAUAUUUCUUAUUUUAUUCAGCCCAAGCCUUCAUCUGAAAAAGUUACAGGCGAGAAAAAUGUUUCAGCCAUCACUCAGCCUUGCCACAAAAGCAGAAGGAUCCAGGAACUUUUACUGUCCCCUGUACCAUCGGGGAUGCAUACAAGUUUGAUCGUCCAACCUGCAGAUUUUUACAUUCUGGACAUGGAAGGAAGACAAGCUUUUAUAGGUUUUAAAGAAGCACAAGAAGGCAAUCGGGUGGAUAUUAGCCGACCUCCCAGUGCUGCUCAGGUUGUGGGUUUUGUGAAGGAAGUAGAUGACUUUUCUUUAUCUGCUUUGGUAUCAGAUUAUGCAAAUGCCGGUAGAAUGAGAGAUGCGAGAAGGGUUUUUGAUAGCAUGGUUGAUCCUUGUUCUGCGCUGUGGAAUUCAAUUAUUUCGGGGUAUGUGUCUAGUGGUGAGGAAAUGGAGGCAUUGGUUCUCUUCAACUCAAUGCGUAGGAAUGGUAUUUGGGGAGACUUUUCUGCUAUUGCAAACGUUUUGAAUGCUGCUAGUAGCUUGCUAAAUGUUGAACUUGUUAAGCAAAUGCAUGACCAUGCUUUUAAAAUUGGGGCAACUCGUGAUAUCGUGGUUUCUAGUGCUUUGCUAGAUGCAUACUCCAAAUGUCAACACCCUCAUGAAGCUUGCAAGUUGUUCGGUGAGUUCAAAGCUUAUGAUGCAAUCUCACUUAAUACCAUGAUUACUGUUUAUUGUAAUUGUGGAAGAAUAGAAGAUGCAAAAUGGAUUUUUAACACGAUGCCUAAUAAAACCCUGAUUUCAUGGAAUUCAAUCUUGGUUGGCCUCACUCAGAAUGCGUGUCCAAGUGAUGCGUUGGAUACUUUCUGUAAGAUGAAUAAGCUGGAUGUGAAAAUGGACAUGUUGUAG